ACUGCCAUAUCUCAGUGACUACUUGGCAAAGACUUUGCUUGGGCUAGUGGAAUCAGGUCCUAGGAAAAUCACACCAUGGUGAGGCUUGUGCUACCUAAUCCAGGCUUGGAGAAUAGGAUAAAGACACUUGAUGAACUUGAGGACACUGAAAAAGAAGAGGCAGAUUCAAGACCGAAAUGGGACAACAAGGCCCAAUACAUGCUAACUUGCGUCGGCUUUUGUGUGGGGCUAGGAAACGUGUGGCGAUUUCCUUACCUCUGCCAGAGCCAUGGAGGAGGAGCUUUCAUGAUCCCAUUCCUCAUUCUGCUGGUCCUUGAGGGUGUCCCCUUGCUUUUUCUGGAGUUCGCCAUUGGACAAAGGCUAAGGAGGGGCAGCGUUGGUGUCUGGAGCUCUAUCCAUCCUGCCCUUAAGGGAGUAGGCAUUGCCUCCAUGUUUGUCUCCUUUAUGGUAGGCUUGUACUACAACACCAUCAUUGCCUGGGUCAUGUGGUACUUCUUCAACUCUUUCCAAGAACCCUUGCCUUGGAGUACUUGCCCACUCAACCAAAACAGAACAGGUUAUGUAGAGGAAUGUGCCAAGAGUUCUCCAGUGGAUUAUUUUUGGUAUAGAGAAACUUUAAAUAUUUCUACCAGCAUUGACGACUCAGGAUAUAUUCAGUGGUGGAUAUUGCUGUGUUUGACAUGUGCUUGGAGUGUCCUUUAUGUGUGCACCAUCAGGGGCAUUGAAACAACUGGAAAGGCUGUGUAUAUCACAUCAACCCUUCCUUAUAUUGUCUUGACCAUCUUCCUUAUCCGUGGCUUGACACUGAAGGGGGCCACCAAGGGAAUUGAAUUCCUCUUCACACCCAACGUCACAGAACUAGCUAAUCCAAGCACCUGGUUGGAUGCUGGGGCCCAGGUGUUCUACUCAUUCUCUCUGGCCUUCGGAGGCCUCAUUUCCUUCUCCAGUUACAAUUCUGUGCACAACAACUGUGAGAUGGAUUCUGUGAUUGUUUCUGUGAUCAAUGGCUUCACAUCGGUGUAUGCAGCGACUGUGGUAUAUUCCAUCAUUGGGUUCCGGGCCACAGAGAGAUAUGAUGACUGCUUCACUCAAAACAUCCUGACCUUGACUAAUGGAUUUGAUUUGCCUGAAGGUAAUGUCACACAGGACAACUUUGAGGACAUGAAAGCUUGGUAUAAUGCCACAGAUCCGGCUACCUUUGCACAGUUGACUUUUAUGACGUGUGACAUAAAUUCUUUUCUAUCACAGGGAGUAGAGGGAACUGGUUUAGCCUUCAUUGUCUUCACUGAAGCCAUCACCAAAAUGCCACUUUCACCUCUGUGGUCUGUCCUCUUCUUCUUAAUGCUGUUCUGCUUGGGUUUAUCAUCUAUGUUUGGGAAUACGGAAGGUGUAGUUGUUCCCCUGUUGGAUCUCAAGAUGCUCCCUGAAAAAUGGCCCAAGGACCUUAUAACAGGUCUGAUUUGUUUGGGGAUGUACCUCCUUGCCUUCAUUUUCACUCUGAACUCGGGACAGUACUGGCUCUCUCUGCUAGAUGGUUAUGCUGGAUCCAUCCCCCUGCUGGUCAUUGCCUUUUGUGAGAUGUUUUCAGUGGUUUACAUUUAUGGAGUGGACAGGUUUAAUAAGGAUAUUGAGUUUAUGGUUGGUCAUAAGCCAAAUAUCUUCUGGCAGAUCACCUGGAGAGUAAUCAGUCCUCUUAUCAUGUUAGUUAUAUUCCUAUUCUAUUUUGUGACAAAAAUCAAUGAGGAGCUGGUAUACAGUGUCUGGGACCCUGCAUAUGAGCACUUUCCUGAAUCAGAGCAAAAGGCCUAUCCUGGCUGGACCUAUGCUGUUGUGGUUUUUGUGGCUGGAGUCCCAUGCCUCGUCAUCCCCUUCUUUGCCCUCUACAAGUUCAUCAGGAAUCUCUAUCAAAGGAAGCAUGACCAGCAAGGGCUCAUCAAUGCCUAUUCUGUUCCCUCUGUGAAUGGAGAGCUAAAGAAUUAAGCCGCAGCAUGCUUCUCAGGGAAGUGGGGACAGGCUCUUGAUUGGAAAGGGAAAAGAAAAAAAGCAACAGCAGGCACAUUGGAAUGACUAGACCCUCAUGGUGCCAACCUAGCUGGGGAUGAGCCUCCAGUCUGGGUGACAAAUGGGAAUUCUUGUGUGCCUUACAAACUGGAGGUCUCUCCGCGCUAGGAACUGAAGGGAUUGCCACUAUUCAAUUUAAUUUGACCAGCAUGCCUGCUCAAUACCAGGUAUUGUGCUAGGUGCUGGGGAUACAAAGUCCUGUAUAACCACGUAUGUUGUGAUAUUCUGAGGUGAACAUCAUUGAAAUGUCCUGUGACUGAAAUGUAGUGAUGCUGAGGCUGCUGGACUUAGUUUGCUUUUGGACUGCUAGGGAGAUGGGAGGAAACAUUGAACACCUCUAUUCUCGAUUUCUACACGUACCCCCUUUCUGUUUGUGGGAGGGACCUGUUAAUAGCGAAACUUCCAUAAGAUUUUAAGAGGAAAGCUUUUCCCACAGAGAGACAUUGACCCUGAAGCACAGAAUCUCAGCGUUCCCAAGCAUGACUUCUGAGGCCAUCUCAUCCAGUCUAUCCUGAACCAAGAAUUCCCUCAAUGGCAUUCUGGAUGAGUGGUGCUCUAGAUUCUGCUUCU